AUGUACCAAGCUACCCUCGUCAAGCGCGGUGUGGGCUCGCCACUAGUCAUGUCCUUUUGCGGCUCAUUGUCACGGACACUAAUAGCUGCGCUGGCCACGAUCAGCAGUAGAUCCAUGCUGUCCCUGAGAACCAGGAACCUGGCGUUCCUAGGCAUUAUUUGCAUUGAGCUCUCGCACAGCGGGGGUGCUACGCUACUUACAGGGUUUAAUUUUGCAUCGGCAAUUGGAAGGAUCAUAAAUGGCUGUCUUUUGAUGUGGCCGGCGCCGACGACAUUGGCACGUCCGGCAGUCUUCGAUGUGAUUAAUGGCUUGACGAAUGGCGGUUCUUCAUAUCAAUGCCUACGAUUUUUUGGCAACAUAUUUGGAUCGGCGCAGGUGCAAAUUGCCUUAAUUAUGAUGAUUACUGGAUGA